AUGGCAAUGUUUAUGGAGAUGCUCAUCAUCAACUUCAUCCCCGCUGGUGGUAAGCCCCUUUCCGCAAUGCUUAAUUUGCAUGUCUUCUCAAAAGACACAAACAACAACAAAAAGGAACUCCAUUUUCGCUACAAAUCAAAGAUUGGAUCGAAGCUUUCCAAACUGUGCACAAGGAUCAUGAAGCUUUUGUGCUUGCAUCUAAUGCCGGUGGCUACCACAAACGAAUUGAGAGUCAUCUACUUGAAGAUGGAAUGGGAUUACUAA